AUGCCUUCAUACCUUAUAACCGGUGCUAGCAGAGGUAUUGGCCUCGCCUUUGUCGCAGAUCUCCUUCAAGCUGCGAGCAACUUCGUAGUUGCUACUGCACGAAACCCUGAUGCCUCCCCAGGACUUCGACAGUUACAGGAGCAGUAUCCAAAGGAUCGGUUGGCGAUAGUGCCAAUGGACGUUGCAGACACCAGUAGCGUCCGGCAGGCGGCAGAUACAGUAGCCGCGCUCCUUCCAAAUGGUCUCGAUUUCCUCAUCAGCAAUGCGGGAAUCCUUCUCCAACCGGGAGCUGUCAGUUUCGAAGACUGCAAUCUCGACGCACUUGAGCAAGAACUACAAGUCAAUACUAUCGGCCCGAUCAAAGUGGUCCGCGCCUUUCUACCCUUGAUACGGCAGAGCGAUUUGAAGAAGAUCGCCCUAAUCACGUCGGUGCUUGCAUCACUGGAGAUGGCACCCAGCUUUUGUGAGGUUGGUAACACAUACUCCCUCACGAAGGCAGCUCUGAAUAUGCUGGGCCGCCGGUGGGGUACAAUGCUUCGAUCGGAAGGGAUCACAAUGAUGCUCAUUGAUCCAGGAUAUGUUGCGACCGACAUGGGCCAUGCUGCAGAUGACUGGAUGCGACAAAAAGCACCAGAUGUUCAGAGCUACACACCCAAACAGUGUGCAGUAAGAUGCCUACAGAUUAUCAGUGACACCAAGUUGGAAAAUGCGGUGGAGUUCUGCGCAAUCGAGGGCGUCAAGAUGCCAUGGUGA